GCAGUCGCAUUUUUUUAUGUUCCGGAAGCUAUUGCACAUCAGAAAUUUGUUUACCAUGCCUUCCGAAGCAGCAGCCACCAUCCCGUCGCGUAACAUCGAAAUCAAAGCUCAAAUCGCGGACGAGGAAGCCUUCCAGCAAAAGGUGACGAUUGCCAAGCAGCUAACCGGUACCAGUGGCGAGAUCAUCAAGCAGCACGACGUAUUCUUCAAUGCCGAAAAGGGACGGCUUAAGCUGCGCUAUCUGGAGACGAAAAAGUCCGAGCUGAUUCAGUACUUCCGACCGGAUGUAGGUGGUCCAAAGCUGUCCACCUAUCACAAACUCGAUCUGGAUGAGCCGAAACUGAUGGAAACGAUCCUCGCCGAAAGCAUCGGCAUCAAGGGUGAGGUCAAGAAACAUCGGCAUCUGUUCCUGCACGAGCAAACACGGAUCCACCUGGACGAUGUGGACGGAUUGGGUUACUUUUUGGAAUUUGAGGUCGUACUCAAACCGGAGCAAAGUGUAGACGAGGGUGCGGAGAUUGCUAAUGAAAUGAUGAAAAAGUUCAAAAUUGAAGAGAAGGACCUGAUCCAGGGGGCUUACAUGGACAAAUUGUUGAAAUAAAGCUAAAAUGUAAA